CUCUCUCCACCUCCCCAACCUUUCUAGCAGACGCCGACGAAAACGGCCGUGUUUUGAGGAGGUUAGCCGUUCGAAGUGUAAUAAUCAAUUUUUCAAACGUUGAGAUCAACAAUUAAUGAAAAAUUUGAACUGUCGCGUGAAAUUUAGUUGCACUUUUUAGAAUAUAUCAGGAUAAUGAGCACAUGUGUGUCAGCUGUUUCCAAUGGCCUUCGGAAACUUUGGACCCCUCCUGUUUUUCAAGUUCGUUUCCGAUUUCACAAGGACAAAAUUGAAGCAGGUCCAUUGAAGAGAAGAUAUGGCUACACAGAGCAGGCUAUAUCCAAGGGUCUAUUACCUCAUGUUAAACAUGAGAAACACAUCCCUGGGCGUCAAUUCAUCCCCGCCGAUAAUUGGACUCCAAAGAAAGCGUUAUUUGGUCAAAAUGACUACAUAGAUAUUUUCACUGGUCGCAUCCAUCCAACUAAAGUCCUCUAUGACGUACCUGCUUAUCUACGAGGAUUCAAGGGAAAUGAAUUUCAAUGCCUGAUGAGGAAACAGAAAAUGCAGAAGCAUGGAGAAAUACCUUGGAAAUAUCCUAGUACAUGGAGAGACAUGAACAAAAGAAUUGGUUGGUUAUACAGGUACCUCAAUCGGCAUACCAGGACUUGGUCGGUCUAUAGGAGUCGUAUGAACUCGUAGGAACUGCAGCUAACUAAAAUAUGUUGUGUCCUCUUUCGCUAUUUACCAUGUAUCUUCACAAUAAAGUUGUAUUAAACCUUUUAUAAAA